AUGGAGAAGCCAAAAUAUAAAUCGCAAAAUGAAGCUGAAGCUGUUCAAGACUUUGAUUCAACCAGUGGAUUCUUAAGUGAUGUUAAGAACAGGAUUGUUACCAAAUUUUUUUCUUCUUCCCCUCCAGAAAAACCAGUUGAACUUGUAUUAAAUUAUAUUGUGGAAAGAAAACGAAUGGAUGAUUUAUCUGGAAGUAUUGUAGAUGGCAGGUUUCGAGAACAAAAAUUUCGUUUAAAGCAAUGUGGCUUAAGCCAUGCUAUCUAUCUCAUUGAAGAUUAUGGUUCAACAAAACACCUGAGUGUUUCUGAAGAUAAAUUAAUUCAAGCCAUAACAAACACACAGGUAGUCGACGAGUUCAAAAUUAAGAGGACUGAAAAUACUAAGGAGUCUGUUGCUUACCUGACACUGUUAACACGUUACCUUCAAGGUUAUUAUUUAAAGAAGACCUUAUAUGGUAGCAAUGAAGUUGUGAAAGCUAAACCAGGAGAGAAGAUAGAUCAUAGUUUAGAUAGUGCUUCAGAAAUUCUUUGUAAUUUUGAAGACUUCAAUAACUCUGCUGCAAAGAGCCAGGUGUUAACAGUGCGUGAGAUGUUUGCAAAACAGCUGCUUCACUUCCCCAACAUGUCUGGAGCAAAAGCAUUUGCUGUCACUGAGAAAUGGCCAACGCCUGCCAGUUUAUAUGAAGCUUAUAAUGCUUGUCCAGAUAAAAUCAGUCAAGAGCAAAUGCUGAAUAACAUUAAGGCUGGAAAAAAUAACAGAAACAUUGGUCCUGUUCUGAGCAGAAAAAUUCAACAAUUUUACUGUCCAGAUGAUAGAUAAUACUUGAAUAUGUUGACGAUGAAGAUGAUAACCUCCACAUCUGUGAAUUAUAUUGUACAAGUGAUUUACAUAUACUAUACCUGCACAGGUGAUUGAUAUAUAUCAUACCUGCACAAGUGAUUGACAAUAUCAGAAUAUAUUGAUGAAAAUGGCAACUUCUACAUCUUUGGAAUAUAUUCAGCAAUUUGUACUGUACAAAAUGAUCGAUAUUAUUUGAAUGUACCAAGAAAAAAGUGGAAUGUCUACAUAAUUCAACAAUAAUGCUGUACAAGUAAUUGAUAAUUGAAUAUCAUGUUAAAAAUAGUAAUUGCUACACCUCUGGAUUAUAGCCAACAAUUGUACAGUAGAGUUACAGAUAAUUGAUUUAUUUGAAUAUAUUUCUGAACCUGGAAACAUUUACGUUUAUGAAUUAUAUUCAGCAGUUGUACUGUACAAACAAUUGAUAUUUUCAAUAUAUCAGGGAAAACAGUAACAUGUACAACUGUGAAUUAUUUUCAAUGAUUGUACUGUACAGGUUAUUGAUAGUAUUUAAAUAUAUUGAUGAAUAUGGUAACUAUUACAAUUCUGGAUUGCAUUCAAUAAUUCUCUCAGAAUUAUAAGUGUUAUAAUUGGACAUCAUUCAAGUAUGAGGUCCAAUUGAACCUCAUUCAAAUAUGGAAUAGAAAUUGAAAACUUAUACAGUUGCUUUAUCAGACUGUUGCCUGCGAAAAGUACUCCUCUGUACAAGAGAUUACAAUAGAAAUUUUAAUUUUAUCUACUUUUUUAGCAAGAAACCAAAAUAAAUAUUUUAUCGAUUUUUUUA